AUGUUGGACAAUUUCCCCCAAGCUGGCCCUGUGGAACUCUGCUAUGAGAACCUCAAUGGAUCCUGCAUUAAAACCUCCUAUUCACCAGGCCCUCAAGCAAUCCUGUACGCAGUCCUUGGUCUGGGGGCCGUGCUGGCCGUGUUUGGAAACUUACUCGUUAUUAUUGCGAUUCUUCACUUCAGACAGCUGCACACCCCUACAAACUGUCUGAUCGUGUCCCUGGCCUGCGCAGACUUCCUGGUGGGUGUCACUGUGAUGCCCUUCAGCACUGUGUGGUCCGUGGAGAGCUGCUGGUACUUUGGGGAGAGCUACUGUAAAUUUCAUACGUGCUUUGAUACAUCCUUCUGUUUCGCUUCUUUAUUUCAUUUAUGGAUCUCUGUUGAUAGAUACAUUGCUGUAACUGACCCUCUGUCUUAUCCAACCAAGUUCACCAUGUCGGUCUCAGGAAUAUGCAUUGUUCUUUCCUGGUUCUUUUCGGUCACAUACAGCUUUUCAAUCUUUUACACCGGGGCCAAUGAAGAAGGCAUUGAGGAAUUAGUACUUGCUCUGACCUGUGUAGGAGGCUGUCAGGCUCCCCUGAACAAAACUUGGGUUCUGCUUUGUUUUCUUCUGUUCUUUCUACCCACUGUUGCCAUGGUAUUUAUAUAUGGGAAGAUAUUUUUGGUGGCUAAGCAUCAGGCUAGGAAGAUAGAAAGCAUGGCCUGCCAAGCUCAGUCUUCCUCGGAAAGUUACAAGGAAAGCGUGGCAAGAAGAAGAAAGGCUGCCAAAACCCUGGGGAUUGCUGUGGCAGCAUUUCUUGUUUCUUGGCCCUACAUUAUUGAUGCAGUAAUUGAUGCUUACAUGCAUUUUAUAACUCCUCAUUAUGUGUAGAUAUUAGUGUGGUGCGUUCAUUAUAACUCAGCUGUGAACCCUUUGAUUUAUUCCUUUUUUUACUCAUGGUUUCGAAAGGCAAUAAAGCUCAUUGUCAGUGGCAAGGUCUUAAGGAGUGAUUCAUCAACAGCUAAUUUAUUUUUGGAAGAACCAGAUAUAGAUUAA